CGAAAGGCGUGUCGUAUAUCUUCCCGAUUGCCGCGAACUGGCUGUAAACCCAGUAAACUACAUCAAAUCAGCCUUAUUUCUCACCUAUGUGGAAGAUGAUGCGAAAAUAAGCGAAAUUAAUGCCUGUGAAAAUUUUGAUCAAAUCAUAAAAUUCUGUAGAUCAUUAGAUGAGGGGCUAUAUUUUAUCGUAGACCAAAUGAAUGCUCUGGAUGAUUGUGAUAAUACUGGAAUUAACCUAGAGAAAAAGAUUCAAGAGGAGAUUGAAGAGUGGUGGAAGAAGUAUAAUUCCGUUUUACCAACAAUGAAUAAUCAGCAGAAGGAUCAAAUUGAAGAUAUCACCGGCAAUAUUCCGCUCUUCUUAAACGUUUUGCUGGAAUCUGAUUGUAAGAAUUUUGAAGAUGCAUUGGGCUACUUAAAUCGACAAUUAAAAUCAAAAAUACAAGAGCCGAUGACAAGCUUUUCAGAGAAUAUUUAUAAACUAGACAAUAAAAGUUGGGAUUUACACGUCAAAUUGAUGUCAUCGUCCCUGACAAAAAGAAAUCCUCCAAGUGGCUACGGAUUUAAUGAUUUUGAUCAUCGCUUCUUCUACAUUGAAAAUCAACUCUGUCAUUAUGUCUGUGGGAUGGCACGGGAUUGCAUGGCGAAAUAUCUCUAUGAAAAGGGCAAAUGGAAGUAUUUACAGAUAUAA